UUUUUUUAUAUAUUUAUUAUUUAUUUUAAUUUUAUUUCUUUUGUUUCGAUCAUCUACCUUUUUUAAUACAAAAUUAAAUCAUAAUGUCUUCUUUAGUGAUUGAUUUGGAAAAUGAGUACGUAUGUAUGGAUGAAGGAUGUUCCAUCCAUGUAAAGGGAAAUCUUUAUUUGAAACUUGGUUCAGAUCAGCAUACAAGAAUUUAUUCAUCCUCUAUACGACUGAUAGGUACAGAGCGAAUUUCAGAGGAAGAAGAUAAGAACAUUAUGGAUGAUGUCUAUCGAUUAUCUUCAUCCGAAUGGCAAUCUAUGCCUUCAGGGCAACAUUACCUUCAUCCUUUCCUAUUGCAUCUUCCCAAAGACUUACCACUGACAUUCUCACAUAGGUAUGGAUCGAUUGAUUAUACACUCAAGGCCAUCAUUCAUGAUGAUCCCCCAUUGAUCGCCGUUCGGACAUUGUACCUUUAUCGACGCCCUCCUUUACCUAUUUCAUCAUCCUUACCCUCUUUACAUACCUCCUCCUGUUCCUCCUGUUCCUCGUCAAUAUCCGAUGAAUUCGUCGAAGAAAAUAGAUCAAAAUUAUGUUGGGGAUUAUCUCAUCAGGCACAAUGGCAAUAUGAAUUGGAAUUACCACAAUGGAUCGAUGCCACCCAAUCUUUUGUUUGUUCUUUACGGACACGGAUGCGUCAUCAUCAAUCUAACUCCUCUUUGACCUCUUGUAUGAUUGGUAUUCAACUUUAUGAAUCUAUAGAGAUUGGGCUACAAACAAACGAACCAAUGAUAUUGCUAACAACCAGUCAAGUGCUCGUUCAACCUUCCUCCACAUGGACAUGUCCGUGCACGAUUCCUGUUUUUUUACAUCAAUUGCCUACAUCAAGUACAUUCCGUUCACCUCGUAUCCAUGUCCACCAUCAUCUAUGUAUUACACUCAACUAUUGUUCACCUCUUGGUCAGUCAGAUACCGUUCAUCUUGAAUGCAUCGUUCCUUUGAUUGUUCCUCCUUCUCUCUCUUCCCCAUCACUUCAUCUGCCAUUGAUUCCCCAUUUGCACUCUACUGAACACACCUUCCUUCCUGAAAUAGAUUUGAAAUAAAAAAAAAAUUAUACAUCAUGAAUUCAAAAGAGAGAGAGAGAGAAAAAAUAAUAAUAAUAAUUGUGUCCAUGUCAUGUAU